GGGGGGAUGGAGCUGCGCCGUGGGGGGGGGUGGACUGCGCCCCGGGAUGAGCUGCGCCCCGCGAGGGAGCUGCGCCGGGGGGAGGGAGCGGGGGGGUGGACUGCGCCGGGAUGGAGCUUCGCCCCGGCAUGAGCUGCGCCCGGAGCGGGUGGACUGCGCCCCGGGAUGAGCUGCGCCGGGGGGAGGGAGCGGGUGGGGUGGACUGCGCCCCGUGCUGAAGAUGUGCCCCUUGUGGAGGGUGCGGCGCCCUGGAAUGAAGCUGCACUGGUGUGUGUUUUGGGGGGGUAGGUAGACGGCGCUUGGAAUGGAGGGGAGACUGCACCCUGGGAGGAGACGCUGCGCUGCCGGGAGAGUCGGGCUGCGUCCCGGGACGAAAGGGAGACUGCGCCCCUGGGACGGGAAGCUGCGCCCCGGGAUGAGGCUGAGCCCCGGGAUAAAGGGCACGCCGCACCCCGGAAUGGAGAUGAGCCCUAGGGAAUGGGAGACUGCGCCAGGACAGACCCUUCUCCUCCCCCGGCGGGCCGUGUCUGCUCCGCCGCCGCUCUCCGCCCCAGGGAGGGAUGGCUGCGCCCCGGACGGCCGGCGUCCCCUUCUGGAGGGCACCGUGUCCGCGCGGGAGGCGCUGCGCUGCCGGGAGGGGAGAGUGCGCCCUUGGGAUGCGGCCGUGUCCGAGAAGGGGAGGCUGCGCCCCCCAGGAUCGGGCUGCACCCCCGACCGCCCCGCGUCCCCUCCCCCUCCCGAGGGCGCGGUGUCCGCGUGGGAUGCUCUGCGCCGCGGGCGGCCCGGGGCGCGGAUGUUCCCGGCCGGCGGGCGACCGGAGCCGUCCCGAACAAUCUGGGGCGACCGGGGGCCCGCGGUGAAUUCUGACGCGUUCACAUCUGCAGUAGGAAAAUUACCGGCUCGGGGAUGGGUCGCAGGGAGGGCGUCACAUUGAGCUGUGGACGCUGCAAGCGUCGGAGUCCGCUUUUACAGACCCGAGAAACGGGCUCCGGCCCGGGAUUUGUCAGAGUCCCGACCCCGGCCUGUUUCGCAGUUAAUAUUCUUAGGCACCAGGUUUCGCUAGUUACUUCUGAUAAGGACAUUUUGUUUCCUU